AUUGUUAGAACGGUCUCCUGCCUGACACUGCAGUCUGUUAACGUUGUGAUUUCCGAUACAUCCUCCCAUACAUAAAUUAUUUUAUUUCUGUCCGAUUAUAAAGGAAGCCUACACAAAGACUCAACUAUAUAUAAAGCGAACUGUUGAGGGGUUUUGCAAAGCGCAUAGCCUACACUGAACUUAAUUCCACGUAUUUAAUAUGAAACAUUUGAUUUUAAAAAUACUUUUCAGUAACGACAAAAAGCUAUGGCACUUUCCACCUGCCGCCAAAUAGACCUUCGCGAAAAGAAAUAUAGUUUCAGAACGCGGGUAACCAUAGCAACGGAUCAUUAUCGCUGGAUACAUUCUGCAAAAAAAGUAGUAGGCUACCAUCAUUUGUCACUUAAUGACACACUCUUAUAUCACUGAAGGUAGUUAAGAAAAAAAAAAUUAUUAUAGGCGCAUCAAAGCAAUAAUACCCGAGGUGACAGCUUCUUGCGUUGAAAUCAUUCAGACGCAGAUUUGAGACUGAUAAAGACAUUAUUCCCAUUGACAACGGCAUUGCACUGUCAAAGUUAACGAAUGUUGUUUUAUUGUAAGGGAUCGGUUAUGACGUUUGCCUCUCUCACUCGCACGCGCACACACACGCGCGCUGUAGUCUCACUGCCCACGGCAUGGACGUGCGCACAUUAUAAGGAAUCAGUGUGCUCAGAGUGGCGCAGAAGGCUGCUCCGUCAUGCACUAGGUAGUGUGUGAUGUAAUUUCGCUGCAGAUAUAAAUAUCGUCGGCAAGGGAAAAGUAGCAUGGCUGAGCGAGGCUAGAAUUGACGGUCAACAUUUUCCAACUUUUGUGUGAAAACAAAACAGCUUGAACACCAGUCUGAAGUGUAGUGUCUUGAGAGGAAACCCACUGAGCGCGACUUCAUGCCGCUCACUAGGGUUGUCCGUAGCUCUGUCCGUGAGUAAGCCGUUUUGUGCGUCUUUUUGGCUGCCGACACAAAUACAGAGAAAGACGGUAGUUUGGUGUCUUCAACUCUUUCAGACGCUCACGUACCGCUCAGAAGGAUGAGUGUCCAUUCGGCCCUAUUACCAAUACUGGUCUUAGGGCUUAUGACAAGCUCAGUGCGCUGCGCUCCGCUGCCCGGUGGGCAGAACGGACCCGUGGAGCGACACUGGGAGACCCUCUACUCGCGUUCUCUAGCCAGAAUCCCCGGAGAAAAAAGAGAUAUCAGCAGGGACAGUGAUUAUCUCACGGGCAUUAAAAGACUGCGACGUCUCUACUGCAAUGUUGGCAUCGGGUUUCAUCUCCAAGUAUUACCGGACGGUAGAAUUACCGGCGUGCACAACGAAAACCGUUACAGUCUUCUUGAGAUAUCUCCGGUAGAGAGGGGAGUUGUGACACUGUUUGGCGUCCGGAGCGGGCUAUUCGUGGCCAUGAACAGCAAAGGGAAGCUUUUCGGAUCUAUGCAGUUCACAGAUGAAUGCAAGUUUAGAGAAAAGCUCCUUGCAAAUAAUUACAAUGCGUACGAAUCGCUGGCACAUCCCGGCAUGUACAUCGGACUAAGUAAGACUGGCAAAACAAAAAAAGGAAAUCGAGUAUCGACAUCCAUGACGGUGACACAUUUCUUGCCUAGAAUUUGAGCUCAUUUGGAGGGGCGCAAGGCGGAGGAACGACGAUGCACUUUCUACAGAAGUUACAUGUGAGGUUAAGUGUAUCGUGUCAUGUAUGUAAAUAUUAGACUAUUUAUAUCUGUUGAUUUUAUAUUCAUCACAACGUCCUCUUUCCGAGGUGGAAGACAACAAUUAAUUUAUUUGUUAUUUGUUAAUUUAUCCUCAUUGCUGCUACCACGUGUUCAUAUUACAAGUGAAAUUCCUACAAUGUACUUUUUUUUUUUUUUUUUUUUUGCACUGUUUGUGUUGUUCCAAAGCAACGUUUUUGGAGAGGUAGGCUAGUCAGUGUAGACGCCAUAUUUAUUUUCUCGCGAAUGAAAACAAGGUUUCUAAUUUUCAGAACAAAUGGUGUAGCCAUUGGGAAGGUUUUGGAAAGACGCAUUUCAAUUUCGCAUCUGCUGAACGAUCAACACUGAGAGAAACACUAUCCGUCGCAGCCCCGUUUUCAAUCACGAAAAAUUAAAUAUGGCGUCUACUCUGACUAAGAUCCUUCGUUGGAAAGAAUAUGUAAGUCUUAGGUCAAGCCUCCAAUCGUUAAGGUGUAUCAACCCCCAUAGUAUUAGCACUGGAGCAAUUGUCCAAUGUCUGAGCUCCUUUGUGCGGAGCUCGGAUCUAACUGAAGCAGUAUCGGCUUACUCUAGCUUACUGAAGUUCUACCCCUUCAAAUCUGUUUUUAGCUCUGCCGGGGGGUUGAACUUUGAACUUAUCUGCAGUCAAUCUUUGUCACAUCUCUAAGGCUCUGGAUAGAGAGAAGUAGCUUCUUUAACAUACAGACAUGAAUUUAAAAAUUCAAAGGCAUUGCAGUGCAGAUACUGUACCCUGAGCCCCUUUAAAGAGCCAUACUGUACAAAGCCAAGUUCAAGUCCGUCUUUGCUGGGUGUCUGGGGGGAAAUCAGUCAUGUUAAAGAUCAGUAUUUUUCUAUGGUGGUAACACAGAAACAAAGAAAUGACAGUGUUGUGUGUAAGUGAACGAAGAGUUAAGGUAAAAACAACUUCCACAGUGAGUUAGGAGGAGGCGUAUUGCCCACUUUUUUUUUUUUUUUUUGUCCUUUUCUACCUCAUGCAGUUUCCAACUGACAGUUUCCUACUUUGAAAAUCAGCUGACAUAGAAUGUUUAGUUCUAAGUUGCUCUUCUGAGUCUUCUGAGGCUACUGCUACUCUGUGAAGUUCUGGCGGCCAUUGCGUCCUAGUUGCGCCUUGUCACGUUUGAGCUAUCUUUACCCUGUGAUUUACUUUUAGAAAGGAUAAUCAUGUUGGAAAUAUUUGCAGACAGCUGUUAGACUAUACUAUAUGCUCAACCAGUAACCCUAUAUUUUUCUUUAUAUAUUUUGUAAAUGCAAUAUGGUGCAAAACUGAGAAGCUGCUUUAAACAUGGUAUAUGAUUAUAAAAUAAACAUUAAGAUAUGAUGCAUUCAUGCAGGGAUGAACAAGCUUUCCAUCUUGAACCUUUAAAAACCUACAUAUAUUCGAGAGAUUAUCUUUAAAAAAGCAUUCCUUAUUUUCAUCGAAAUGGCCUGCAGGUACACUUAAUUGAAAGAAACUAUAAAUGUACCGGAGUGUAAACUAACCUGAAAAUGGAUGGGCUUCAAGAAGCUUUAAAGAAGGCAUUAAAGGACAAUUUUGAUUGACCUCAAAAGCAUGAACACAUUCACAUGGUUUUAUUUAGUGUAAUCUCAAAGCUGUGGUAUUUCAGUCGUUACGUAUCCAAAUUUGCCAUUUGUUUCUUACCAAGUCCUGCCUGGAUGUGCACAUCAAUUAGUUUCACUUGAUGACUCUGAGCUACCUGAGCUAAGGCCGGAGGGAGAGUUGUCCGUGCUUCUCUUUUACACUGCUGUGCCAAACCUCUUUCCAAAUGGACAUGAUUUGCAUCAGUGUGGAUGUUGUUUACAAUAGACCGAAUGGCCACUGAAGGCAAAUUGUCCCUCUGACCCUCAUUACAAUGUAGAACUGACACAAAGCAUUGGUCUUGAUUUGUUUAACCAAAAAAUGCAAUAUCAACAGGCAUGACCUAGUAGCCUGAGAUUAGUGAAAACAGAACAUCCUCGUCUUUCAAUACAACAAUGUUUUUUAAUGUGUUUAUGAACAGGGAUAUAUGUGGUGUAUUAAAAUAAACUAUAUACCAUUUCUCUGUCAGUUCCUAUACAGUUGUGUUUGCAUCCAUGGCAGAGCUCUAGUAAACGGGCUGACAUCUGAGUCCUGUAGUAGUGUGCUCUGAAUCCUGUUUUACCAAAUAUUGUCUGUAGUUUUAUACAGGUCUUGUUAAAUAUUGUGAUGUAUGUGCUGUGCACAUGAUGAUACCCUAACUUAAAUGGAAGUUAAUAAAUAUGUUAAAUCAUACUGGUCUUGAGUGUUUUUAAUUCUUCCUACAAAAGCACAUGAAGGUUCAAUGAAACCGACAGCUGUGCUGCAGGCACAAAACACGUAAAACUAGAAUAUCUCCCAACAUAACUAUAGAAAGGGGCCUUUCCCUGGUGAAGCUAAAAAUAUGCUCACAGACUUGUGUCACUAGACUAUGCGGCCCGCCUGGAGUGCUGUGCCUGAUAUUUCUACAAGGACAGCACUGCCAAGACACUCUACUGCUGUUAUUUAACGUGCCAAGGCCCAGUUUACAGAUUGGGUGGUUUUGCCAUCCACAAAGCCAAGCGGUCACUCCUGGGAGUGGAAACCUCUCUUUCAACUUCUGUGA